UAGACUUCUUUCACACUGAACGGGUGAUGCCCGCGACUUCACCGACGCCUGAACCCGCUCAAACUGGCGGCUUGUGAGGCGUGAGGGGGAGAGCCGAAGCUGAUAAGAGUAUCCCGCGAGCGGGUGAAGUCUAACGCGGGUGUCCCGCCUGCGCAUCCGCCUCCGCGCAUAGAGUGAAGGCCCGCGCGUUCUUCCGUCUGGGUCUUUCCCACUCUGCAGUAGCCUUGUAGCUUUGUUGUUGGUUGCACGUAUUUUCCCGUGUUCUAGUGUAAUUUUAGCUUUAAUUUGGCAGAAACGAAAUGGAAGCAGAUAUCGAUUCAGAACAACUCAUAUCGCUGGUCCAAGAAAGACCAGUUCUGUGGAACAAGUCGCAAGAGAAUUACAAGUCCCGGGCUUACACCUCGAAGGCCUGGAGAGAGAUAUGUGCCAUUCUCAAUCAAGAUUUCGAAAAUUUACCCAAAUUUGUAAGAAAUGAGUAUGACUAGUGAUAAAGAGGUGGAAAAACGUGAAAGAUCAGUUCAUUAAAACCUUGAAGAAGAAAGAGAGAAAUGCUGCAACAGGGAAGAAAAUGAAGAAAUACAUCUAUCACGAGCAGCUGUCCUUCCUGUGUAAUAAUGAAGCACAUUCAUACCACAAAGACGAAUCUGUCAAGUCUGGAACAUCGGAGGAGGAAACCGAUGAGGUCAUUGUUGUGGAGAAGGCCUGCGAGAUGAGAAAAGUGAACGCCAUUAAGACACGUGCUAUGAGAUCAGCUAUAAAAAGAAAGAAAACUGACCUUGAGGGAGAGAUAAAAGAACAUUCACCAUCAAAAGAAGACCAUCAUUUGUCAUCCGCUAAAGACCACUCAAGUUCAUCCAUUAAGCAAGAUCACAAUUUUUCUUCAUCAACGAAAGAAAACCCUAAGGCAUCCACAAAAGACGACACUCCUUCACCAGCUAAACACGACUUUCCUUAUCCAUCCACUAAAGAGGACCGUCAUAUGUCCUUUUUCAACGCCAUUCGUCCUUCCCUCCUCCAAUUUACUGAUGACGAAACGUUGCAGUUCCAGUCUGAUGUUAUAAAAUUGAUCCAGAGCAUUAAAAAGGCUCGUUUGCUUCAGCAUCAAAUUUCAACACAGCAUCCAAGCUCCUCAUGCCAGGCGAACACACAACCACAUUUGAAUGGUCAGGCAUUAAGUGAACAGCAAGAAUCUGGACAAGUCUCACCAGCGCCAUCAGAUUGUGGCUCACAUGAUGUUAUAAGAUUGGGACUCGUCUGAUGUUAGUAGAUUACACACACAUUCCAUAGUUAAACCUGAUACCCUUGAAGAUGUUUCCGUGUUUUAAUCUGUUAUCAAUGUAUUGUUAUUUUGUUCUUUUAAGAUUGUACUCGUAUUGUCUAAUAAGGUAUUGAGUUUAAAUAAAGGCUGCAUCUCUCUCUCUCUCUCUCUCUCUCUCUCUCUCUCUCUCUCUCUCUCUCUCUCUCUCUCUCUAAUACUUGAGAAUGUAUUUUUGAAACAAUGAAGCCACUUUGAUAAUUAUUACUGUUUUAUUUACACGUAUUCCUAACUCCAGAUACCCUACAAAUGUGAUGAUAGGAAUGAUCAUCGUGAUGCUCUCACUGCUAUUGUUAUAAUAAUAAUGGUGAUGACAAAGAAUUGUGUAAUGAAUUGGUCAUUGUUGUGGUCACAUACUUUAUUGCCUGGAUGCAGUGUUUAAAAAGUUAAGGAUGGAAAUAGUUAACUGGUAGGAGUUCCAUUAGAUUGUAAAAGUAAUGCUUAAAUGCAACAGCGAGACGUUCGACGAGUUUUACCUCACUCUCUUGUCGAAGGAAUUAGUCGUGCACGUUAUCAAAAGUGGUUACUGACAUACAGGAGUGAAAAAAAAGACUAAUAUAUGAUGAUAGCUUAUUGAAUGAAUUAUUCAUGUAAACAGAUGUGUAGGUUAAUAAAGUUUGUAAUUGCCUUACAGGACAAAAAAAAAAAAUAAAAUAAAAAAUAACGAAAAUGAAAUAAAGAAAUCUGUAAGAUCCAAGCUCGUUUCUUGGGAUGAUACCGCGCGAACUGGAAAACAAGCGCGGUUGGGUUUCCGCCCGCGUAGUUUGGAAAGGAUCGGUGGAUGGGAGUUACUCGACGCGUGAGUGCGGGCGCGGACACGACCCGGAUCAUUUUGAUGAAUCGCAGUACGAGAGCCACAGAGUUGACAAUAAUAGGAGACUGAAAGCAUUUGCUGUGCCAACAAUAUUCCCGUUUACCAUUCCUUCCCAGCUAUCAGCCAAUCCCGUGCCGAUAAAUGGGACUUCUAAUGAUACAUGUAAUGCAUCUUCAGCGCCAACACUGCCGCUGGCUGACCACUCCUACUGCAUUCCUAAUGGUGAUGAAGGAACAAAAGAAAUACCAGUGGAAGAACUUGACUCUGAGAAUGAUGGCGGUCAAGAAAAAGAAGAUGAGGCUCCACAACCUGAUUUCAGAGAUGAGGCGUCACGUUCCGUUAUUCAUGUUGUCUCUAAGUGCCCUGCUAAUGACGAAAACAAUCCAAAAGAGAAGGUAAACAAACUUAAGCAAGCACUGGCCAAGGAGAGAAAAGAGAGGUGUGUUUUAGAAGAAAGCAAGAGUGUCCAGGAAGCUGCGUUUGCGGAGCUGUUCAAUAAGGAUCAGCUGGAAAGACUCUGCCGCAGAAGUAGGCGAGGUGUGAAGUGGUCCGCUGAGACUAUCCAGAAAGGCCUUCAGCUGCUGUCAGUCUGUGGCUCAGCUGGGUACGAGUUACUGCUGUCACAAAAACAACCCUUGCCUUCCAUGAGGUCACUGAGAAGACAGUACGAAAAGACCAAUUAUCCACCACUGACGCCAAUGUUGGUUGACCACGCGCACCACGACAGUUCCAGUGACGAUGAUGCAACGCAGAAAGCAGCGCCAAUUGACAAUGAUGAGCGAGACACUGACGAUCAUGAUGAAGAUCAACAACCUUGUUCCACGGACGAAGCCUCAUAUAUCGUUUCAGGAUGCUUUGGUCAGGACGAAAGUUAUGUGACAAAAGGAGAAAUAAAGAAACUAAAGCGAGCACUGGCCAAGGAGAGAAGAGAGAAGCGCAUGCUGGAGAAAAGGCUGGGUGUGCAGAAAGCAGUGUUUGCGGAGCUGUUCACAAAGGAUCAACUGGAGAGUAUUUCAUGUAACAGUAGUCACAGUGUGAAGUGGACUGCUGAGACUAUCAAGAAAGGCCUUCAGCUGUGGUCUGUUUGUGGUGAAGCAGGAUAUGAGUUGCUGCUGUCACAAAAACAACCUUUGCCGUCCAUUUCAACACUAAGAAGACAACGCAAGGAAAGCAACUCCAAGGACAAAUAGAAAAUAGAGUUUGUAAUGACUAUUGAAGAUGACAACUACAAUUGCUGCUGUGUGCGAGUCCAUUGAUUGAUAAAUAAGUAAUUUUUCUAAUGGCCGAUGCAGCUUGAGAAUCAUUGCAGCCAAGAGAACAAAUUUACGAUAAUAUUCAUGAAUGCAUGAAACUAAUCUGAUUGGGACAAUAAUUCUAGCAGAAAAUACGAGUAAAUAAAAUGAAAAUUAAUGUAUAAAACACGUUCCUCCCGCUAUUGUUUGCAAUGAAUAAAUAAACAAAUAAAAA